AUGAGAGGUUCAGGUUCUUCUUCUACCGGCCGAGGCCGGGGUAGGGACACUGGUCAGGGACGUGGACGUGGACGUGGACGUGGCGACCCAGAGCAGGAUCCACUUGAGAGCUCGGAUCCAGGGGCUGAGCAGCAGGUGCUGGCGGGUAGACCCGCACCGCGGAGAGCGGCGAGACAGCCACAGGACCAGCCGCCAGCUACGGACGAGACUGGGAGGAUUAGAGUUACACCUGAUGCUGUAAGAGAAAGGUUACUAGAUAGCAGGAACGACAGUGGGAGCGCAUCGAGGGCGAUCUUGCCCAUUUUCCGAUCUAGCUGGUUCCCUGAGGGUUCCUCGUGGAAGAAGCUGACAGCAGAGCAUAAGGGCUUCUACUUCGAGGAGUUCAAGAAGGGUUUUUGCUGGGACUCCACCCACCCUGAGGACCUGAUUAGAGGGGUCUUCUACCGACAUGCGGCUAAUCGGUACAAAGAUACUCUCCACAACAUGAAGCCAAAUAAAAAAGAGGGCAGUGUUAGUGCUGAUACUUGGGCGUCGUGGAAGCGAGACUAG